UAAUUUAGAAAAAAAUUUACCCUACACAGAAUAACAAUUUCAAUUCAAAGUUCUUUAGUUUCAUACUUUCCAAAAUUAAAUUGUAAAACGUGUGCCGAAUAACUUAAAGAGACUUAUAAAAAUCAAUGAGUUAUUAUUAAACAUAAUUAUAUGGUCAUUCAAUAUCUGUUGAAUGUAUCGAUUGUAAUUACUGUAUAAAAAUCACCGUGAUUAGUAUCAAGAAUGAAUAAUUCGUUUCCAAUCUUAUGUUUCAAACAUUGUAAAUCUAAGUCAGUAUUUUGUAAAACGAUUCCUGAUACUUGUCCUUUGUGUAACUGUAGUUUAUCUGAAAGUUAUAUUGAACCAUUUGUUCUACCAUAUUGUUGUAAAAAAGCUGCUGAUGAUCCACCGUCGAUAGUACUAAAACCAACUCAAGGAACAUUUUGUAAUGAUUAUAAUCUUUCAAAAGAUAUGCACAUAGGAAUAGUUAACUCAAUAGGUCAUUUGUAUGAGUUUGAUCACCGAGGCAUAACAGUAAAUAAUUUUUCAGACUGGUUAGAUUGUAUUGUUGUUCAUAUCAUCCCCGAAUCAUGGUAUAUUCAUUGGGAUCAAACAUUAUUCUCUUUGAUAGAAAAUAAUAAAUGGAAUUCAUGUAACUACAAUGUACAAUCAAUGAAUUGCUAUAACUUUAUCAUAGAAUUUUUACAAAAAUUGAACUUUAAAGAUUUUAAUUUUGUUACAAAAGAACAAGUUUUUGAAAAACUUCUUCUACCAAGAUUACGGUACACAUUAAAGUAUAUAUAUAUUUACAGAAGUCUAAAAAGUAAACCAUAUUAUAUUGCAUAAAAGUAAUUAUGUAUCUACAAAAAUU